AUGGCCCGGGAAUCAUUCAAAUAUAUGAAGUGGUCUUGGUUCUUGGUGGUACUUUUGUUGGCCCUAACAUUCGUACCACCCUCACAGGAAUUUUCCUUUGGCUGGGGUGAUGACGACGGCAAAUCAAAGGAGGCAGCUGGCACUUCGGCCAGCAGGGAAGGACGUAAGCAGCCCAAACGCCACCUGGUCGAAAAGAAAUAUAAAUUUCAUAAAAUUGAACGGGUUAUACCCGAAGGCUAUGAUGAAGACGAGGCGGGCGAUGAGGAUGCCGAUGGCGGCGGUGACGACAAUGCAUCCAACAAUCUCCACGAUAGGACUGAGGAGAAUAAUGCAGGCGAAGAAUUAGACGAGGAUGAAGAGGCGACUCAAGAAAAAGACGAAGAGGAGGAGGAUGAGGAAGGUGUAUCACGCAAAGAACGAGCUGCCUCGAUCAACAGUGCCAACAAUGAUGACGAAGAAGAAGAGUAUCGGUUUAAAAAGGCGCGUAAGGCCGAAAAACCAGCAAGAUCUACCAAACAAAAAGCGUCUAGUACUGAAAGUCAAGAAAAAUCUGGUUCCUGGUUUUCAUCUCUAUUCGGUGGUGGCAGUUCAAAUAAAGAUGACUCCAGCAAACAACAACAACAAGAAUCUGCCGAAGAACCAGCCGCCACAAAAUCAAAUGGCAUCAUUGAUUGGAUUUUAUGGUUAGGUGAAAGAACAGGACGUUUGAGACCCGAUUCCACAGAAGACACCUCCGCCCAAGCCGCCUCAUCGGAGAGUAGUGGGGAAUCAUGGAUGAAUUAUUUAAAUCGUUGGCCCUUCAAUAGCCUAUUCCCCAUUGGAAAGCCACCAAAACCCAUUAAAAUGCCAAAGGUGGCCAAGAAACCCAGCCGAGAUGCUUCAAGGGACGAGGAUGCCGCAUCCCAUGAACCACCAAUGAGUCAGGAAUCAUUUGAUAAUCUACUCUAUAGUCUGCCGAAUUUUAUUGUCAAACCUCAGGAUAUAGAGAAUGGUGAAUGUCGUGAACAGUUGCAGAUUUUCCAGCGCCAGCUGAGGGGUCACAAAUUGUGGACUUUGCAGAUGAUCGAUGCCACGGGUAAAGUUGGACCCGGUUUAUUGCGUGGCAAUAUCAAUCAGUUCGGCGACUUUAAUAUGUGUACGGAUAUAAAGACCAUAGUGAAGGUAACUUCCAAUCAUCCGGUACGCAUACGUGGCAAAUAUUGUCUGGCCCACAUAGAGAUGCAAACAUCGGUGAGUGAACUGAAAAUUCCGGUACAUAUGCUGCACGGACGAGGCCUGUUCAAUAGUCAUUUGGGAAAUCCCUACCAUUUCAUACCACGUUAUGGUGUUGCCAAUUGGGGUAUUUGUGUGCCCAAUGCCUGCGAGGGUGAUGUUGUCCGUCAAAUGCUGCAGGAGAGUUUAAAGGAUUACAAUAACACCGGUGUGGAGCUACAUGUGGAGGUCGAUGACAAUGACUGCUAUGUUAAACAUAAUAGAAAAUUCUUGAAACUUCUGCAAAAGGAUAAGAAGUUCUGUGCCACAGUUUUAUAUAUCAUCGGCUUGUUCCUUAUUACCUUGUCUACCAUGGCCUGGGAGAAUUGGUCACGAAUACAACCAAUGCUGCAGCGUGUGGUGACCGUGCUGAAAAUUAUUGCCGGAACUGUUAAAAAUAUGGCCAUGAAAACAUCGGAAUUUUCCAAAGGCCUUAUGGAAAAAUUAAAAAAGAAACCAGAAAGUGGUGAAGAAGGAGACAACAAAGAAGAAGAGGAAGCUAAAGUUGAUGAAGAAAAGAAAAACGAAGAAGAAAGUGAAAAGGCAACCAAAGAAGAAGAAGCAGAGGAACAGGAAACUGAAAAUGAAAACAAAGAGGAGGAAACAGAACCUGAGAAGUCUGAGGAACCUGCAGAAGCUGAAGAAGGAGAUCCAACAAGUGAUGAUCUCUCUUUGAACACCUUGGCUUUGGAAAUCUUCAAAUCAUUUUCACCGAAACGUAGCCUUGGCAUUCUCUUGGCCGAUGACGAUACACACGAUGUACCAUUUCCCUUGUUUCACGUGCUGAAAGUGGUCGCCACCCUGAUGCUGUAUUUAUGUUUGAAAUUCCUCAUGAUUGGCCAUCUGCCAAUAACAAAUCGUGAUCAACUUGUUCGCACCUUCGAUAAUCCGCUGAGUGUUCUGAUACGUUCGCCAAUGAUUUAUGCCGAUAUUCUAUUAUUGAUUAGUGGUUUUCUGACGGCCUAUCAGUUAUCCGAGGAAAUGGAACAGAAAUCCUAUAUUCAAUUAUUGAAACGAAUGGCUUUGAAAGUUAGUCGUUAUUUGCCCACAGUUUAUUUGUUGAUAUGCUUCCAAACAUGGAUUCUACCCCACCUGAAUUCUGGACCAUUGUGGCCUAACUUAAUUGGUCAGAAUUCGCGCCUAUGUGAUGACCAAUGGUGGCGUAAUAUUUUGAGUCUACAGAAUGCCAUAGAUUUUGAAGAAACGUGUUCUCCAUCCACCAUUCAACUGGCCCUGGAGGUUCAAUUAUAUCUAAUGGGUCCCCUGGUAGUCUGGCUUUAUUACACAGAUUCAGAUGCCUCAUUUUUUGUCUAUGGAGGUUUGCAUGCCAUGUCGGUUGCGGCACGCUAUGCUAGAACCAAUAAGGAACAUCUGUCUAUGACCCUGUUCCAUGGCAUCAACGUUAGUAAAUUCUAUCGAACUGCCAAUAUUUUGUAUUCCUCGCCCAUAAGUCGUGCCACCACCUAUCUGCUGGGUAUAGGGGCGGGCAUUUUUCAACGUUCCAAUAGUGGUGUUUUGGAUCUGACUCCGGAAAUGGUGAAAUUUGGUUGGUCGUUGGCCAGCUUGGGGAUUUUAUGGUGUUUUUGGUCUCCCGCCUCAAGUAUGCGUACCGAUUUUAUUUACACCUCUUCGGAUGCUGCCUCUUACGCAUCGUGGUGUCCUCUGGUAUUUGGCCUUAGUUUGUGUUGGAUUAUUUUUAUGCUGCCAAGGGAUAGUGAAAAUCCAAUAUUGAAAUUUUUAACAACAUCCAAGGUAUUUUUGGUAUUAUCCCGCCUGAUUUUUCCCAUACAAAUGGUCAUGUACAUUGUGGUGCUCUAUGGUACGGCAAAGGUCAAGGAAACGGAUAAAUUUCAUUUAACCGAUUUGUUUAAUUUCCAAGAAAUUGCCCUGAUUUUAUUGGGUGCUGUCGUGGUUUCAUUCCUCGUGGAUAUACCUUCGCAGAAUAUACGCCGCCUGAUUAUCAAUCGCAUAUUUAUUGAACGACCCCAUUUGGAUGGAGAUGAUCAUGCCACCAGUGAAGGUGAACCCAUGUCAGAGGCUUCGGAGGAAAAUAGCGAACAAGUCGCCACAACAAGUGAUACACCUGAACCACCCGAUACGGUAUGGGGUUCAGAUCCUGAAGAGGAAGAACAAAAAUAUAUUCAACGAAGACGUAGUUCAUUGUUGGAAAGCGAUGUUAAGAAAGGUGCUGAAACUAAGAAAGAGGAGACCGAGGAAGAGGAGGAAGAAGAAGUCGAAGAAGAGGAGGAGGAAGAAGAGGAAAUUAGUGAAAAAGAAGAAGUGAAAAAACAUCCCUAA